AAAAACAUUGAACCCGCACGUCUGCAUUCCUCUCUAUCCCACCCUCUCUCCCACUCCUCUCUCGCUUCUUUGACCCCCUCACCCUUCCUACUAUUGGAGUCUUUUUCUCGGGAAUGGUGGUUGUCAGUCUCCUGGACUAGAGAUCCAGCAGCUUCGUGCCAAAUCAGCUCCUCCAACAAAAGCUAAGCUUCAAAGUCUGCCCACCUCUCAGCUUCGCAUUCCAUCACAAACCCACAAACCACCCCUCCAAGACAUCUCUAGACCAUGCCGUCGUUCCCAUCGAAGCCUCUGGUCAGACCCAGAGAUGACGGCGGCUUACAAUUAAGUUAUCAGCUCCCCCAUCGUGUUCAUACGGCAGCCGGCUACCCCCUUGUUGCCCCCAAUGGCUCAUCGAUCAUCAUUUAUGGCUACGAGACGGGCCUAAAGGUGGUUUGGCGAGGAGGGAAACCUUUCGCCACGGAGAAAGCUCCCGUUGCCUCGGCAGAUAAGCUCCAGAAGCCCGCUCCACCACCGAGUGACGACGCUGUCAUGAUCAUUGAUUCCGACGACGAGAGCGUCGCAGAGAUUCAAUCGUCAAUCUCCAAAGAAGAACCCAAAGCUCGGUUUGAGGAAGAAGAGCCCGAAGUGGAUCCUGCUUAUCCUUAUGAACGCAUCCUGCGCCAGGUCGACAUCCCUUUGGGUAGCAGGGUUCUUCAUCUGGCAGUACCUUGCAUUCUACCUGAAGCGGCUCGCUCAUCACUUGACCCAUUUCCUCCCACCUUAAAAGACCUCGUUGUAAUUGCUGCCGUCUGUGCAGACUACUCUACGCGCGUGGUGACCAUACCCUUGACUCCCCCUCACCCCAACCAGACCAAGAUUGGGGUCCAAACCAUUUCCAUCAGCGGCGGAGUGUCUCAUCAAGAACUUCCUCGCGGUGUCAGCGUUACGUUCACGUACCAAGAGACCGAGAACAAGGAGCGGACUUCAUCCCGCGGCCAACAGCAUGCUCCCGGACGGUGGGACCUUCUCGUCGCCACCCAUUCCGCAGAGUCGGCGGGGCUGCUAUUAAUUCACCGGAUCCCGAUUGCAGAGGGGCAUCAGCUCUGUGACGAUGCGAUCGAGACUAAACGACGAUACCUCCCGGCUCCGGCCACGAACAUCUCAUUCAACCCAUCUGGCUACCCCACGCCGCGCCACUCUACAUUGCUUGUCGCUUUCCAUAGCGGCUGUGUCAAAAUUUACUCAUGUUUUGCUACGAAGCGAUCCAAGGCCUCGCGCAGGUCCUCCGGCGUGCAAAGCGAUUUUGAGACCUCCCAGACGGAAGGAAGGUGGCACAUCAGUCUUUACCCUGGAUUCGAACAGAGCGUUUCGGGACUCACGCGGCGCAAGACUGUAAUCAGCGCGGAAUGGGUACUUGGAGGACGAGCGAUUAUGGUCCUGAUGUCGGACGGAGAAUGGGGGGUUUGGGACAUCGAAGGUACCGGCCCCGGAAACAUCAAGGGUCCGCUUGAGCGUCAAGCCAGUGUGCAGGGCGUGACCGGCGGCUCUCUGACGACCUUUUCUGUCAGCGGACGGCUUCUGAGCCCACUCCCGAGCGGUCAUCACUCCGAGGCUAGCGGUCCUUCUUUCGAACAUCGACCCAGGUUCGCACCCCUCACACCGUCAACCAAACGUUUACGGGAGGAUACGUUGUUGAAAGGCGGCUCGGCCGGCACCACCAACUCGUCGCUGUGCGGAGGCAUCUCCGUGUAUCAAACGAAUACAUGGAGAGACCCCAUGCCAGAUGAGGCUAUCCUACUACGAUACGGUAACCAGACCGCCGUUAUCUCUAGUUUGUUGUCCUUGUGGCGCAAUGCCAUCAAGGCUACUGGCACGUUUGAUCCGUCCAACCGCUGCCGGGUGUCCACCCUCCAGGACGUCACCUUCAUGGGUGAGCGCCUCAAAGGGAUCGGCCAUCUCCCCGUAGCCGCCAGUCGCACACGCGGCUCCGAAGAGCCGCCAUUCGACUUGAUUCUCACAGCCGAACAUCGCAUUCUGAUCCUUGCGCCGAAAGUGGCUGAGCCCGAGACCAUCCCCGUCGGCACCAUGACCGUUGCUGGGGUCACUUCCUCUGAGACCGAUCAGCAGCGUCUGCACAAGGGUGAACUGGACGUGGACGGGAUGGACCGACUUCUGAGCGGUAUGGCGAGCGCCAAACGGUCGAUCGGCAUGGGGAGCCCAAUCAAGCGCCUCCGCAACUUCACCUGAACUGCACCAAGCAACCUCGAAUAAAGACCUUGCAAUGUCCUGUGCAAUGCGACUGUGAUUUGAAGCAGGCGUGUGACUGUCCGCGACGCCCUUAGGACCGCCCCCUUCACCAAACCGCACCUCCCAUCCGGUCAAGACGGCCAAACAGAUAGGAUGACCAAGAUACCCAAUACUUACACGUUCACAUUUUUCGGGACUUUUUACCGUAUCCUUCAUUCAUUCCCAUCACCUUACCCCUCCCCCUCACC